GACGAGUGGAUCAUCCGGGAGAGGCAGCUGGGCAACUGUGGGAAUGGUAGCGUCGAGGAGCAGAAGAAGAUUGCCAUCAAAUCUUUUGAGGAAAAGGUCCAGGACAAGGACGCCCCCAAGAAGAGGCGAGGGAGAGAUUGGCUCAUCGGCAUCUUCAAGGGCGUGGAGGACCGACUUGGGAGGUUCCAGACUUCGGAGAACUCUUGGAAGCGGCAGAAGACGGUGGAAACCGCUGAUGAUCUGAGGCAAGCUCGCUUCUUGUCGGAUAGUGCGAGCGCCGCUUCGUCGAGGGUCCACGAUGAGCAGCUUGAAGCGAACCGAGCUAAACUUUACCAGAGUACGCCACAACCUGAGAUCCCAGACCACCUGGUGAGGCCCUGCAACCGGGAGCUGAACAUGGAGAUGGACGACGACAUCACCUACGAGAUGCAGAGAGACAUCUUAGCCAAGGAGGAGAACGACGCCAGAAUCGCUGAACAAGAAGAUCAUGAUGAUCAUCUGGCCCAGCAAGCUGCACGCGUCAGGGCGCAAGCCGCGCAGACCGCCAUCAUGCAGGGGCGCCCGAAGAAGACCAAAGCUGAGGUCUUGGUUGACUUGCAGAAGUUGGUCCGCGAUCGAUGCCAGAUGGUCAAAGACACGAAGGAGAAGAUCGAGCGGUCAAAGAAAAAUGCUGAAGAUGAGGCCGAUGAACUGUUCGGCAAGAAACGUUCUGACGAGGCCGCGGCGCUCAGGACCGCGUUCGAGAACGAGAUCGAUGCAUACUUCUUGGAGUUCGACGCCCUGCAUAAGAAGACCAGUGAGACAGACCUCGCACCGUUGCUUUCGGCUGAGGAGGUCGACCUUGCAGACGCGAAAAAGAAGGUGAUCGACCAGACGAAGGACGCGUACAGCAAGCUCAAGACAGAUGCCGAGAAGUCGGUUGGGACCUACAAGAAGGGCGUGAGGAGGAUCGGGAAGAGCAUCAAGGUGAAGGAUUCGUCCACCGACGUCCCGGCGCUGACACAGAAGCUCCGCGAGGUGGUUUCUGCAAAUCCUGGCGACCCCAACAGCGGCGUGACAGUCGUGGCCAAGCCAGGCACGGAGUACAACGGCGAGGUUGUACUCAUCAAGCCAGAUGCAGCCUUUUCUUUUGAGAUGACCGCCAUGACAA